AGGCGGGGCGGGCCGCGGCGCUGACUGGCUGUCGAUGCUGCACUAGCCUCCAGCCCGCGGUGCCGAGCGCAGGCGGAGGUACAUGGCCCCGACGGGAGGCGCGCGGCCGGCACCCCGAGCUCCGCUCCCCGCCUGAGCUCGGCAGCCGCGCCUCGGCCCGCGCGUCCUCGCCCCUCCGGCCGGCCGCCCGCGGACAUGAUCGUGUAGCCUCCUCCUGGGCUGGGAUUUGUUUGAAGAUUUUCUUCAUGGAAGCGAUGUCCCCCCAGCAGGAGACUCUAGGGGGACAGCCGGGGCGCUCCUCUUCCCUGACAGGAGUGUCUCGGCUCGCGGGAGGCAGCGGCACCAAGAAGGUGAGGACGCUGAGCGGGGGCCCGUGCCCUCCGCCGCCGCAGCCCCCACUCCCGGCGCGCGCCCUCCGCGCGCGUCACAGUAGCGCGCUAGGCGGACGCCGCGAGGAUUCGACGUUCGAGGCUCGCGGCCCCUAACGGGAGUCCCAGGACACUUCCCGCCCUUGACGGCCGGCCGCGCCGCCACCUCCCGCGGAGCGCCCGCUUCUCCGUUUCUAGAGCCUUAAUCUUUCCCCGAGCGACCCCGCAGCCUCCCUCCCGUCUCCAUCCGCCGCCGGAUCGGCAGCCCGGCUCCUCCCUCAGUCGCGCGCGGGCUGGAGUGGGCGAUCGCCUCUCCCCGACCCCUCGCCGUGUCCCUGGGCCCCCCGAAGUGGCCUGGGCGAGCACUGCCCUUUGGCGGGGUCAGCCCCGAAGUCAGGCCCGGCGAUGUCUGCCCGGGAGCGGCAGCCGGCGCUGAAGAAGAAAAUGAAAACAGUAGCAGAAAGGAGGAGGAGCGCUCCAUCUCUUAUCCUGGAUAAAGCCCUACAAAAACGGCCUACUACCAGGGAAAGUCCUUCUGCUAGUGUUGACACGUGCACAUUUCUGUCGUCAUUUGUGUGCUCCAGUAGGACUCUGCUGAUUGAUGGCCGGGCAGAACUCAAAAGAGGCCUCCAGAGGCAGGAGCGGCAUCUUUUUCUAUUCAAUGAUCUGUUUGUUGUGGCCAAAAUCAAAUAUAACAAUAACUUUAAGAUAAAAAAUAAAAUUAAAUUAACUGAUAUGUGGACAGCAAGCUGUGUGGAUGAAGUGGGAGAAGGCAACACCAAUGCCAUGAAAUCCUUUGUUUUGGGCUGGCCCACAGUGAACUUUGUGGCCACUUUCAGUUCUCCAGAACAAAAGGACAAAUGGCUCUCUCUCCUUCAGAGAUACAUCAAUCUAGAGAAAGAAAAGGACUACCCGAAGAGCAUUCCCCUCAAAAUCUUCGCCAAGGACAUUGGGAAUUGUGCCUAUUCUAAAACUAUAACAGUAAUGAAUUCAGAUACAGCGAAUGAAGUUAUCAACAUGUCAUUACCAUUGCUAGGGAUAACUGGCUCUGAGAGAGAUUACCAAUUAUGGGUCAAUUCUGGAAAAGAAGAGGCUCCAUACCCACUCAUUGGGCAUGAAUAUCCAUAUGGAAUUAAAAUGAGCCAUCUUCGAGACACUGCACUCCUGACACCAGGAUCAAAGGACUCUACCACCCCUUUCAACCUCCAAGAGCCCUUCCUUAUGGAACAGCUCCCUCGAGAGAUGCAGUGCCAGUUCAUCCUGAAGCCCAGCCGCCUGGCUGCAGCCCAGCAACUGAGCGAUUCAGGUCAUAAGACAUUUAAAAGGAGAAGAUCUAUCAUAAACUGGGCCUUCUGGCGAGGUUCUAGCACUCACCUGGACAACUUGCCUACGUCGCCAACAUCACCUAUGCCAGGACAGCUCUUUGGAAUUUCUCUGCCAAAUAUUUGUGAGAACGACAAUCUGCCCAAACCUGUCUUGGAUAUGCUUUUCUUUCUUAAUCAAAAAGGACCCCUCACCAAAGGUAUCUUCAGGCAAUCGGCCAAUGUGAAAUCCUGCAGAGAACUAAAAGAGAAAUUGAAUUCUGGAGUUGAAGUACACCUAGACUGUGAAUCUAUUUUUGUGAUAGCAUCUGUCUUAAAGGAUUUUCUGCGAAAUAUUCCAGGAAGUAUUUUUUCAUCAGAUCUCUAUGAUCACUGGGUCUCUGUAAUGGAUCAAGGAAAUGAUGAAGAGAAAAUAAAUACUGUUCAAAGGCUAUUAGACCAGCUUCCGAGAGCCAAUGUUGUUCUCCUAAGGUAUCUUUUUGGGGUGUUACACAACAUUGAACAACAUUCCUCAUCCAAUCAGAUGACUGCAUUUAAUUUAGCUGUGUGUGUCGCUCCAAGUAUUCUUUGGCCUCCUACUUCCUCCCGCCCAGAACUAGAAAACGAAUUUACAAAAAAGGUUUCUCUGCUUAUACAAUUUCUGAUUGAGAAUUGCCUUAGGAUAUUUGGAGAAGAAAUCACUUCCCUCUUCAGAGAGGUUUCAGUGAGAUGUGACACUAGAGAGAAUGCCUCAGAUAUUUCUUGCUUUCAACUGAAUGACUCCUCCUAUGACAGCUUGGAAAAUGAGCUAAAUGAGGAUGUUGAUGCACCAUGCAGUGACUUGGUAAAGAAACUUGGCCAGGGGAGCAGAAGCAUGGACUCUGUCUUAACCCUCAGUGACUAUGAUCUUGACCAGCCCGAGGUGGAAGGCCUUUUAACCCUAAGUGACUUUGACUUGGCCCAUUCUAAAGAUGAAGAUGUUCAAAUGAAACGGCCUCUUGAAUCCAAGCCGGUGAACAUUUUAGCGUACACAAAGAUCCCACUGCGGGAUCAUGCCAGGGCCCCGUCUGCCAUGUGCACACCCAGCUACCUGUCCACAGCUGCAGCAAAUGCUGCAAAAAGCCUGAGGCGACACCGGCGUUGCUCAGAGCCCAGCAUCGACUAUCUGGAUUCAAAGCUUUCCUACCUCAGGGAGUUUUAUCAGAAAAAGCUACGCAAGUCCAGCUGUGAUACAAUUCUUUCUCAAAAAGAUGAAGACUAUCUGAAGCAGAAUCAACCCCUCCAGGAAGAGGGAAAGACAUGUUUUAAACAGAGUUUAGUCACAGGCACUGAUGUCAGCAAGAAAAAUCCCACUACUCAAAACACUAAGAAGAAAAGCUUGUCUGGUAGUGAAGGAAAUCAUAUGAAACUUUUCCCUAAGUCCAAGCCAGUGGCCAUUUCUGUGGCGUCUUAUAGUCCUGCGUCCUCACAGGAUCAUUCCAAGAACCAGCCCUUUGAUGUGGAUACAUCUGGAUACUCCCCACCACACACAGCAGAUGCCCUCAAGGGUCCAAGGACACACCGGCGCUGCUCAGAGCCCAACAUAGAAGACCAGAACCGCAAGCUGACCUAUCUCAGGGGAAUUUAUUCAAAGAAACAACAUAAAACCAGCUGUAAAGCUGGUCUCUUGCAUGGAGAGGAAGAUUAUCUCAAACGGCAUAAGUCUUUGCAAAUGGAGGGGCAGAAGCUUAUUAAUCAGAGUUUAGUCAUGGGGAUUGAGGUGGGCAAGAGUAGUGCCACAAACCAAAACACUGAGAAGGUUCUACCCCCAAAAUUAAACCUUUGCCCAAGGACCAGCUAUUCCAGCUUAUCCUCCCCAGGCACUUCCCCAUCCGGCUCAUCAGUAAGCUCCCAAGACAGUGCUUUUUCUCAGAUUUCUGAACACUCUGUGUUUACACCCACUGAGACUUCCUCUCCAAUAGAUUGUACUUUUCAGGCUCAGAGAAAACGGGAAGAGCUUUCUCCUGACUUUAGCAAUGCCAGCCAUGUUUCUGGAAUGCCUGGUCCCUCAUCAGGGCAGGCUUGCAGCCGCCCAGCCUAUACAAAGAAGGACACUAUGGAGUGGCAUUCACAAAUGCAUUCUGUAACUCUUCAUCCCAGCACAUGGUUGAGAAAUGGUGUGGCCAGUUUGAAAAACUGGUCCCUCAAAAAGAAAGCAAAGGCAGCCAGACCAGAGGAAAAGAAAAUAGAUUCUCCAAAAGGACCCUUAGAGCCACCCCUACAUGCUUCUGGUGUUCCAGAAGCCAGCUCACUGCAAGAGGAACAAAAAGACUUGCCCUUAAGGGCAGCUGAAGGACUGGCCCCCAUGCAGUCAGCCCAAAGUUGUAGUUCUUCUCCCUUCCAGGACUCAGAGAGACACUAUAGCUCUCCAUUCAGCCUGGUGGAGAGCAGACUCAAGCUGUGUAUGAAGUCACAUGAGGAAAUAGAGCCUGGUAGUCAGAGCUCUUCUGGUUCUCUCCCUUGGGAAAGAGCCUCAGCCAGCUCUUGGACUCUAGAGGAUGUGACCAGCCCAGACUCAGGGCCUACAGUGGUCUGCGACAUUGAGGACAGGUAUUUAACCAAAGACAUUUAACCAUAAUAAGAAUCUGAUGUCCACAAGAACAGGAACUGGGUUAAUAAUAAUAGACAAUAAUUAUUAUGACCCCUUUGUAUAAGAUACCUGGGAGAGGUAGCAUAAGGAUUAUCAUUGCUAAUACUUAGGACAAUGAAAUAAUUCUCUUUAUUGAGACUACUUGACAAAUAACUUUAUGCUAAAACUUUUGUCACCUAAGUGUUUAGGAGGCUUUUUCCUAUUAAAGGUUGGGAUUGGUCCUGUCAUGUGGUUUUAGAGAUACUAACAGAGGGCUAGCGAAAGCAUCUUCUGUAGAGGAACCACUUAUGGGAACAGUCUGUGAGAUUGGUGUCCUGAGAAGACCAAGAUAUCAUGAAUGAGGAAUAGGGGCCUGAGGAGAGAGGGGAAGGGUACAGAGAAACCAUCUACAUUCCAUGGAAUGUUUUUAAUAAGUAGGCAAGAAAAAUGCCACUAAUCAAAGCAUUAAGUGUGUCCAGUAAUGAAGAACAUCAUGUAAAACCUUUCCCUAAAUCCAAGCCAGUGGCCAUUUUUGUGGGAUCUUACUAAUCACGUGUCCUUACAGAAUCAUUCCAGGAACCAGCCCAUUGCUACAGCUGGAGUGGAGAAAAACAGUGACUCAAAAGCCAUGGGUACCAUGAUAAUCAGUUUUGUUGGUUGUAUUUGUCGGUUUGUUUUUUCAUUAGUGUUGAAGUGCUUUGCAAAGGCUUCAGGAAACAGAGUUGUGAGGAGAAAGAAGAAAAUGGCUGCUCAUUUCAGUACCCUUUUCAAAGGUGUCUCUGGCUAGAAACAUUCUUCAGAAAAGCAACUUUUUCUAUUUAGAAGGUGACCUCCUGACAGCAUUCACUCUCAGUGUGGGGGAAAAGACCACAACAACGGUCCUUUCUCAAUUACAUGAAUGCUGUUAACGUGAUCAAACCAUGGCAUCACUUUGCUGAAAGGUUUCUGCACAGUCCUGCCUCUUAGAUUAUAGUCAGCCAGAAAAAACAUAAAUAAUCCCUUUUCUGAUUUUUAUAGUUUGGCAAUUGGGAGAGCAAUAUAGAGGUUGGCAGAUUAUAAGGAGUCCCACAAUAGAAUACCCAACAAAGUGGCUACCAGGCCUUCUCAGACAGCCAUUUGCUUUGGGUUUUACUUCCAGACGUUGUUUCGUAUUUUUGCUCCAAAUGUUUCAUGGCUUAUACUCCAUUGGUUUAUUUUAUAUCCAUGGACCUUUCUCCACUUUCUUGACUUAAAGUUUACAGCAGUACAUCUCAUCACCUAGGAAUAGAUUAUCAGGCCUUGCCAACUAGUAUGCAGGGACGGCACUGAAAAUGGAUGUGCAUCUUCUUUCACAUUAACUACUUACCUAUAAGAAGUUGCUCUGAGCCCAUUCUCUUUAGUUCACCACCAGAUGGAUCUUUCUCUCACAAGCUAGCUUAUUCCAAACUAUUUGUCUUAUCAAUCAGCCAGAAAAUGGUCAUAUCAAAUGUUCUUUCUUUUUUGUUCUAAAGGUUUCAUUUCCAGUUAUAGGGAAAAAAUGUUUUCUCUGAGAUAGAAGAAGUUAUUUCAGUAUUAGCUAUAGGUGCUACCUACCUCGUGGGGACAUGGCCCUGUUUGUGCUAACCAUUACAAUGAUCUUUAAGAACUCUGCAUCCAAAGAGCUACUUCAUGACACUGGCCAUCUCAGUCACAGAUGUGAAGUCGAUUUCACUUUAUAACUAACCAGUCCCACAUAUUAAGACUCCUAAGUGGCCAUAUGCAUCUUUUUUGGUAUAAUAUAUAAAGUCAGCAGGGACUCCCCUUUCCCUUGGGGCAUACUACUGUCAGAACUGCAAGAUGUGAAUGAAGCUCUUAUGGCUUGGAGUGUCUUUCUGGAAGAAAUUGCCUUUUUCUUUUUCAUAUUAGCAGGUAAAAAAAAAUCAUUCACCCAAUUUGAAGCAUCGAAGAAAAUAGUUGCUGAGGUUUUUUAAUAACCAUUCCUACUAUCUGUGUUCCCUUAGAUACUCCUGUAAUUCUUAAUGUGAAUAGUUUGUUAAUAUUGCUGUAAAGUAUUAUAUUGUAUGAUUUGAAGACAGACUAUAUGUCAUUUUAUUAUACUCCAUCAAUCUAUAAUAUAUUAGACUGAUGCUUUAUCUAAAAUGCUUUGAGUUUGUAUAAUAUAUCUUGACAAAUUUUACUACCAUAUGUUAUGUAAUAAAUGUGUAUUUUUGUACUUGCAGAAACUGCUGCUAACUUUUAAAGUUGUUUGGUUUUGAAGGCACUGAUAAUGGAUAUGUAUGAAGUCCAUGCUGUCUGUUAAAUAAAAUGCCAUUCUGCAGAAUUAACCAUCC